GUCUGUGACGUGAAGUAAAGCCGUGAAAGGCAGUUCGAGCUUUUCCUCCUGGAGAGAUGGUACAACAUGGCAUUUUGUGUUUACUAUUUGUCAUUGGUUAUAACACUGAGAAAGCAAGUGCCGUGAAUGUUGCCCUUUCAAGACCAGCUAAUCAAACAGAAACUCUUAAUUACUUAUACCUAUGGGAAGCUAGUUUUGCCGUAGAUGGAUGUGCAUCACCUGAUGAUUACGAGAGUUCUCGAUGUUGUAGCUGCAGCAAUGCUCCCGGGGAGAACACGUGGACAGUAUACCUGGAUCAAGCCUAUGUUAUAGACCAUGUGAUAAUACAUGGCCGCAGUGAUAUAGACAGCCAGCUAGGGGGGUUUCAGCUAUAUAUUCGACAGGAUCAAUUCUCUCCGGAACUUCAGGUCUAUGACAACACUGGCUUUCCAUACAAUAACGGAUAUUUUGAUAUUCCGAUUGCGUCAAAUUUGCCUGUCACUGAGGUCGCUAUAAAGAGAAAUCCUGGUCCGCUAACACUCUGCGAAGUGGAGGUUUUUGCCGCUGAAUCCACAUCUGCUGUGCAGACGGCAUCCAUAACAGCAUCCCUAUUAGCUACAAGUUCAAUUGUGUCUCGAUUUAAACCAACUACUCAAAGCAACACUUUAAACUAUGUAUUUGACUGGACAUCUGACAAGGCUGUAGAUGGAGAUUACAGAUCAACUAAUCCUAACGUUGACGCAAGCUGUGCUACAACAGAACAGGCAUUUAAUAAUGAAUGGAAAGUGGACUUGGUUGAACAAUAUAUUGUGGACAAAAUAGAUUUGUAUUCUCGAAGUGACGGUCAAGAUCAGAUCUCCGGGUUUGAAGUGUAUGGACAGGUGGAUGUUGGAUUUCCAGAAUUUCUCAUUUACGCCAGCAGUGAUCCACUGGGAACCAGCGUAUUCAAUGUUUUUGUUGUACCAGCAACAACAAUUAGAUAUGUCAUCGUGAAAAGAAAUGGUCUACUAACACUUUGUGAAGUUGAUGUUUUUGGGAUUUUAGCGGUCUCUCCAACAACAUCUACCACACUUCAACCACCUGUUACAUCCAUCACUGAUACAGAAACAACGACAGCGCCCCCAAGAAUAAAUGUGGCAUUGAACAAACCAGCAAAUCAGUUAGAAGAUUUGUUUUAUGGCUUUUGGUGGUAUGCAAGUCUUGCAGUUGAUGGUUGCUAUGACCGAACAGACCCUAACAACGUACCUUGCUGUUCUACCUCGAUGGGAGACGUCAAUAACUUUUGGUCAGUCGACUUGCAGGCGUCUGUCGUCAUCGACUUAAUUGAAAUCUAUGGAAGAGCAGAUCAGGAUGACCAGCUGCCUGGUUUCCAGCUGUACACGCAAGAAUUUGUUGGAGCCACUGAAGAAUUGAUAUAUGACAGCACUGGCGUACCAUAUGGUGACGGAAUUUAUAUUAUACCGAUAGACCCGCCAAAACUCGUGAGAUUUGUUUACAUUAAACGAAACGGCAUCAUAUCACUUUGUGAAGUAGUCGUGUUUGAAGCUACUGUUUCUCAAGAAACAACAACUUUUCUACCACCAACGUCUACAGCACCAUCACUAGCACCUACAGCAGCACAACCCGUCAAUAUCGCAUUGAAUCAGUUUGCAAGUCAGACAGACACGCUUGACUUCAAUGGAUACUUAUGGGAAGCCAGUUUAGCAGUGGAUGGUUGUAAACCACCUUUUCCUAAUAACGAUUAUGAGGGUUCCCAAUGCUGUAGCGGAAGCUUUGCUGCGGGAGGAAACACGUGGACAGUCUUCCUACCCUUGCAGUAUGUCAUAGAUCGAGUUAUUGUAAUCGGAAGAAGUGACAUAUCAACUCAGCUGCAGGAUUUUCAGUUGUAUAUAAGGCAAAGCUCGAUAUCCCCAGAAAUACUAGUAUAUGACAACAGCGGUAUACCGUACGGCAAUGGAUACUUUGACAUUCCUAUCACGUCAAUGUUACCCAUCACUCAGGUCACUGUAAAGAGACCGUCAGGGCCACUUCUGCUGUGUGAAAUUGAAGUGUUUGGUGCAAUAUAUAUAAACCCAGAGACCACAUCAGCAACAACAGAUACGAUUACUGCAAGUACAGAAGGAAUAACUACAACAGAGGCAACAACAGAAACAUCAACAACAGUAACAUCAACAGCAGAAACGCCUGUGCCUCAAACAUCCAGCGCCGCGCAGACUUCCGCUGCUGUAUCUCAAGAAACAACAACUUUUCUACCACCAACGUCUGCGACACCAUCACCAGCACCCACAACAGCACAACCCGUAAAUAUAGCAUUGAAUCAGUUUGCAAGUCAGACAGACACGCUUGACUUCAAUGGAUACUUAUGGGAAGCCAGUUUAGCAGUGGAUGGUUGUAAACCACCUUUUCCUAAUAACGAUUAUGAGGGUUCCCAAUGCUGUAGCGGAAGCUUUGCUGCGGGAGGAAACACGUGGACAGUCUUCCUACCCUUGCAGUAUGUCAUAGAUCGAGUUAUUGUAAUCGGAAGAAGUGACCAGUCAACCCAGCUGCAGGAUUUUCAGCUGUAUAUAAGGCAAAGCUCGAUAUCUCCAGAAAUACUAGUUUAUGACAACACCGGCAUCCCUUACGGCAAUGGAUACUUUGACAUUCCUAUUACUUCAAUGUUACCCAUCACUCAGGUCACUGUAAAAAGGCCGUCAGGGCCACUUUUGCUGUGUGAAGUUGAAGUGUUUGGUGAAGAAUUUAUCGAUACAUCAUCACCUACAGCGGAUUCUACAACUCCAACAACACCACCAGCAGCAACAACAACUACCACGCCAACAACAGUAGCAGGUACAACUUCUGAGGGAACGAUAACCACAACAACUGCAGGAGAAACAUCAACCAUUCAAAGAUCAACGGCUUCUAGUCAUCAAACAUCAGCUAUAUCACAACAGACAUCGUCGACAACGAAUCUAUCAACAUCGACAUCUAGUGCACUUACGACACAUUCAGAAACGUCUGCUGCGUCGCUAACUUCCGCUUCGACAUUAGCAGACACAACGACGAGUACUGGACAAGAAACAACAACAGCUUUAUCUACACAAGGAACAACUUCUACACAUGUAUCAAGUGGUGGAGGUGUUAAUGUUGCCUUUGGCCAAAUGGCUACCCAACGGGAACCACUUAAUUACAAUGGCUUCUCGUGGACUGCGGACAAGGCGGUUGACGGUUGCUAUGACAGGGCCACGCCCGAUAUCUCACGAUGUUGCAGCUGUAGCCAGCAGGUAGACCUCGGAGACAACUUCUGGAGAUUGACAUUUACUGAGACUCAGAUACUUAUGAAAUUAAAUAUAUUCGGACGAGGAGAUUUUGGGACACAGUUAGAUGAUUUUAUGCUUUAUAUCAAUGAUUCCUCUGGCACGCCUGUGUACGACGCUGCUGGGAUACUAUACACCGAUGGAAUUUAUGAGAUAAUUCUGGAACCGGAAGUUCACGCUGACGCUAUUAUUGUCAAGCGUCCAGUAGGACCAGAGUAUUUGUACAUAACUUUAUGUGAAGUCGAGGCUAUUUCUGCAUGUGAUGACGGCUUUUUCGGUGAACAGUGUGAUCAAAAAUGCGGUUUCUGUUUAGAAGGGGAACCAUGUUAUAAAAUCACCGGCACAUGUCCAAACCAGUGCGCUGCCGGAUACCAAGGAACUCAGUGUUUCACACAAUGCGCUGAUGGUAACUAUGGUAACAAUUGCCAAGAAUUCUGUGGGAAUUGUGCCUUUGGAGUGGCGUGUGACAUAUUCACCGGAUUUUGUCCACUAGGUUGUGCUCCUGGAUGGAAGGGCGACCUCUGCAAAACACCAUGUGGAGCAGGCACGUAUGGUGCUGACUGUCUGAAUGUUUGCGGCCAAUGUGUUUUUCCAACCACAUGUAACGCUGUAACUGGAGGGUGUGAAAGCGGGUGUGCUCCAGGAUGGGUGCCAGAGGAUGCAUUAUGCAAUACUCCAUGCGGCGAUGGAUUUUACGGGGCUGGGUGUGUCCAGUCAUGUGGAAAUUGUUUUCUGGGUGCAAUAUGUGAUAAAGAAGACGGGGAAUGUCCUGGCCAGUGUGCUUCUGGUUGGCAAGGACUGCUUUGUAACCAAACUUGUAAUGAGGGAAGUCAUGGAAUUGAUUGCUUGGAAACAUGUGGAACAUGUCUUGGGGGAGCGGCUUGUGAUAUAUUCACUGGUGACUGUCCGAAUGGAUUGUGUGAUGCGGGUUUUACUGGAACAAACUGCAAGCAAGCAUGCGGCGAUGGAUUUUACGGGGCUGGGUGUGUCCAGUCAUGUGGAAAUUGUUUUCUGGGUGCAAUAUGUGAUAAAGAAGACGGGGAAUGUCCUGGCCAGUGUGCUUCUGGUUGGCAAGGACUGCUUUGUAACCAAACUUGUAAUGAGGGAAGUCAUGGAACUGAUUGCUUGGAAACAUGUGGAACAUGUCUUGGGGGAGCGGCUUGUGAUAUAUUCACUGGUGACUGUCCGAAUGGAUUGUGUGAUGCGGGUUUUACUGGAACAAACUGCAAGCAAGAAUGUACCGAUGGAUUUUACGGAGCUGGAUGUACGCAGACGUGCGGCAGUUGUUUCCUGAAUGCUACUUGUGACAAAGUAAAUGGAGAAUGUCCAGGACAGUGUCAGUCUGGAUGGCAAGGGCCAUUAUGUAACCAAGGUUGUGCUGAAGGCAACCAUGGCAUUGAUUGUUUGGAAACCUGUGGAAGUUGCCUUGGAGACGUGGCAUGUGAUGUAAUUAGCGGUGAUUGUCCUAAUGGGUUGUGUGAUUCGGGUUUUACCGGAACAAAUUGUAAACAAGGGUGUGCCGGUGGUACAUACGGGUUUCAAUGUGCUGAGAUAUGUGGUAAUUGUUUCCUUGGUGAAGCAUGCAACCACGUCAACGGGUCUUGUAUGAACGGAUGUGACGCUGGAUUCAAAGGAACGCUUUGUGAUACAGUUUGUGAUCCCGGAACAUUUGGAGCCAAUUGUCAAUUAACGUGUGGUCAGUGUGAGUUUGGUGUCCCAUGUAAUGCCGUGACAGGAGCUUGUCCUGGUAACUGUGCCGCAGGCUGGCAAGGAAUUAAUUGUAAUCAAGUUUGUGAUCCUGGAACAUUCGGAACCAAUUGUCAAUUAACGUGUGGUCAGUGUGAGUUUGGUGUCCCAUGUAAUGCCGAGACUGGAGCUUGUCCUGGUAACUGUGCUGCCGACUGGCAGGGGAUAAACUGUGAUCAAGCUGUUCCAAGCACAUCUACCGUUGCCACUACAACUCAAGGUGAAAGCACUGCACAGAGUACAACUGUGUUUCCGUCACCAGAAACAACACAAGAAUCUACCAUGAAUCCUACCCAAAGUUCGACACAAAGCCCUACACCUGGCACAAAUCAAACUCCUUCGCAAGCAACAACAAAGGAAACCAGUGGCACAAGCGCAAGCACGCCAACUGAAUUGCCAGCCGACAGUACAACAGUAAGCUCAACUGAAACCCCAACAGCUGCUUCAACACAAGUUUCUACACAAGGGUCAACAGCGGGUCCUACACAGGGGUCAACCGCGGGCCCUACACAAGGAUCAACCGCGGGUCCUACACAAGGGUCAACCGCGGGUCCUACACAAGGGUCAACAGCGGGUCCUACACAAGGGUCAACAGCUGGUCCUACACAAGGGUCAACAGCGGGUCCUACACAAGGGUCAACAGCUGGCCCUACUCAAGGGUCAACCGCGGGUCCUACACAAGGGUCAACCGCGGGUCCUACACAAGAAUCAACAGCUGGCCCUACACAAGGGUCAACCGCGGGUCCUACGCAAGGGUCAACCGCGGGUCCUACACAAGGGUCAACAGCUGGCCCUACUAAAGUGUCAACAGCGGGUCCUACACAAGGGUCAACAGUGGACCCUACACAAUCAUCAACAGCGGACCCUACGCAAGGUUCAACAGCGGGCCCUACAGUUGUUUCCUCACAAGGAUCUUCAUCAGGUCCUACACAAGGUACAACGGAUGAUCCAUGGAAUACUGCAAUAACCAACACAGUCUCCAAUCUGGUCAUAUUUCUCUCAGUAGCGUUUUGGUUAUUACUACGUAGGACGUGAAGAUAACCUCAUGUGCUAGCGACAAUCGUAAUCGAUAAAAAAAGACAUUUUGUUCUUGGUCGCCGGCGACAUGGUAAACGUAAACAGGCAUCAGCUAACUUUAUUCGACAAGAAUACGUCUCUGAAAGUGUACUUAUUUGCACCGAGAUGUAUUUGCAUUAAUUGUUGACUCAUUUUAUCAUCUCCUUCGAUAUCAAGAAUGUUGUAAAAACAGUAAUAAAAACUUGUAUACGUAUUACCUAAAGUUGUUCGAAAAGUCUCGGUUUCUCCCGUCAAACAUAAAGAAUUAUUUCACAACUUCUGCAUUCAAUAAAUAUUUAAAACGAUAUAUCCACUGCUGAGAAUAAAUGGCAGGAAACGCUACCAUAGCAACUACCAUAGCAACUUAGUUACUCGCUCGGUACUAUUCUUUGUUUAUAUUCUCAAAUGUGAAACUGUCCUAAGGAUAUAAAGAUGACUCUUGAACAUUUACUGAAUGCAGAACCACCUUGCUAAUAUCGUUUCUAAACAGAAAGUGUCGCUUGAUGACCUUUUUGCAGCCUAUAUGUGUAAAUAUUCUUG